GCCAGGGGACAGGGGGGGCUGAAAGCAGGAGGGAGGAGGGAAGGGGGAAUCACAUCUAAUCCACUGUAAAUGUCUUGAUGUGCAGCAACAGCUUAGAGGGAGGCUCAGGUUUCCAAGGGGUCGGCUAUAUUUAUCUCUGAUUCCAUGCCAGCGGGAAGGGUUUAAAUGGCACCCGGCAGUUGGCGUGAGGGGUUUGAGGGGUUGCAGGAGCCCGGGGGCUGGUGGCAAGAGCAAACAUCUCCCGACCCCAUGGAGCUCUAUGAGACUUCUCCCUACUUCUACCCCGAGCCCCGCUUCUAUGAGACUGAAAACUACCUGCCUGUUCGGCUCCCGGGCUUCGAGCCCCCCAGCUACGAGCGGGCUGACCUUGGCCUGGGCCCCGACUGCCGGGUGCCCCUGGAGGAGAAAGGCUCUGGGACCACGGAGCACUGCCCAGGCCAGUGCUUGCCCUGGGCCUGCAAGGUGUGCAAGCGGAAGACGGUGUCUGUGGAUCGAAGACGGGCAGCAACCCUGAGGGAGAAGAGGAGGCUCAAGAAGGUCAAUGAGGCCUUUGAGGCCCUGAAGAGGAGCACCCUGCUCAACCCCAACCAGCGGCUGCCCAAGGUGGAGAUCCUGCGCAGUGCCAUCCAGUACAUCGAGCGUCUGCAGGCGCUGCUCAGCUCCCUCAACCAGGAGGAGCGCGACCUGGCCUGCUACCGCGGAGCCGGGCCCCAGCCGGGGGUGCCCAGUGAAUGCAGCUCCCACAGUGCCUCCUGUAGUCCUGAGUGGGGUACUACCCUGGAGUUCAGCGGCAACCCUGGGGACCAUCUGCUCCCAGAUGAUGCUUCAGAUGCCCACAACCUGCACUCCCUCACGUCCAUCGUGGACAGCAUUACAGUGGAAGACGUCUCUGCAGCCUUCUCAGAUGAAGCCAUAGCGAACUGAGGCCGUCCAGAGGUGGGGGAAGCUCUCCAAGGAGUCCAGAGCCACAGGUACCACCGCCUUCAAAGUGGGGACCUCACAGCUGUGGAUGUUCCAGUGCCAGGAGGCCGUCCCCCAGACCUACAAGUUUCACAGACUUUCCCAUAUCUCUAAGAGGUUGGAUCAUAACCUUGAAAAGGAAGUGUCUUCCCCAUUCGGCUGGGUUUUUCCAGCUCCCUUCUCUCCAGGGAGAGGAAUCAGGGAAUAUUGGGUGUCCCCUCCUGCAUGUCAACCUGGGCCAGCAGUUGCCCCUUUCCAAAAUGCCCCUCUGUCUUAUUCCCCCCAAAAAAGAAAAAUAUUGUGAAUGAAGGGGUUAGGAUCCUGGGCAGUAUGGUUCAUAUGUUCUCAUCUCUCUCUCUCUCUCCCCAAUUCCAGUGGCUGGGCUGGGCCCGCCCUAAAUAGGGGAAAUGCUCUAUCCAGGUAUACCUGGGGGCCAAGUUAUUAUUGGGAUCCUCCCAGUGUUGUUUUGUUUUGCUUUGUUUUGUUUUUGUAAAGUGGACAUUUGACCAAUGUCUCCUUGCACCAAAAUCAGGGGCUCCUGAAAAUGGGGUUGGGGAGGCUGGGGGGAGGGGAAGAUGCUGUGGGAUUUUGAGGGAUGUUGAUUUCAUUGUUUUGUUUUGUUUUUUUACUAAGCAUUGUGUGGUUUUGCCAUGUUUUGUAAUUUUUUGCUAACUUAUUUAGAGUUCCUUUUUUUAAAAAAUAAAAAUGAAUAAAAAUCGGUUUA